AAAGUUGGACAAAGAGAACAUGGCUGCAUCAAAUGUCUGAUUGUGCAGGAACUUCUGCUAUUCAACAUUGUCUGUCAUCCUUCUGUGGAAGCAUCUUUGUUUAAGCUCUGUCUUCUUUUACCAUGGAGGAAAAGCCCCAUAUUCAAAUCCCAAGAGUGAAACUGGGCAGUCAAGGAUUAGAGGUUUCCAGAUUGGGUUUUGGAUGUGGGGGACUCUCUGGAAUUUACAAUGCUCCUCUCUCCCACGAAGAUGGAUGCUUAAUUUUAAAGGAAGUUUAUUCUAGGGGUAUCACUUUCUUUGACACAUCGGAUUUAUAUGGAGAUCAUCAUGACAAUGAGUUCAUGAUUGGAAAGGCUUUAAAGCAGCUUCCUCGAGAAAAGAUUCAAUUAGCAACGAAAUUUGGUAUUAUAAGGCUCGAAGGGUUACAGUUCACAGUCAAAGGUACCCCAGAAUAUGUUCGGCAAUGCUGUGAAGCUAGUCUUAAGCGCCUUGGUGUGGACUACAUUGAUCUAUAUUAUCAGCAUCGCGUGGACGUUUCAGUUCCAAUAGAGGAUACUAUGGGAGAGCUGAAGAAGCUAGUACAAGAAGGAAAGAUUAAGUACGUUGGACUAUCUGAAGCUAGUGUAGACACGAUCAGGAGAGCACAUGCUGUCCAUCCUAUAACAGCCGUGGAAAUGGAGUACUCCCUGUGGAGUCGUGAAAUAGAAGAGGACGUACUUCCGAUCUGCCGAGAGCUUGGUAUCGGGACAGUGGCAUAUAGCCCUCUUGGCCGGGGAUUCUUUGCUGGGAAGGCAGUUGUGGAGAGCUUGCCCAAUGAGAGUACACUGGCUAUGCAUCCGCGGUUUUCUGGAGAAAAUAUUGAGAAAAACAAAGUUAUAUACGCUCGUCUUUCUGACUUGGCCUCAAAGCAUUCCUGCACUCCACCUCAACUAGCUCUGGCAUGGCUUCUCCACCAGGGAGAGGACGUAAUUCCAAUUCCCGGGACAACUAAGCUGAAGAACCUUGAUAACAAUAUUGGAUCCUUGGCAGUGAAGCUAACAACAGAGGACUUGAAAGAAAUUCUUGAUGCUGUACCAGUUGAUGAAGUGGGCGGUGAAAGAGAAUAUAGUGUGUUUUCUAAUUACCUCUACAAGUUUGCCAAUACCCCAGCCCAGUGAUUUCUCACCAAAGAGACACAUAAACCACUCGACUGUGCACAGUUGGAAAGAUCAAUGUACAUGUCUGAGUCUUUACAAUUGAUAUCUUGUUGCUUUGAAGAACUAUAUAGACUGUCGUGGGACGUCUGGGUCGUUUUACGGGAUUCGGAAUUAGGGAACCUCUGUUUGAAGACUUCACAACGGUACAAAGGGGACAGACUUGGUAUUUUUAUUCCAACCCAGAUUUGAUACGAAUAAAACAACAUAAUCGCAAAGA